AAUGAUUUGUUCAGUUGAUGCUGAUGAUGAUAGUGAAUCUUCAAGUGGAUCACAAUCUGCUUCUUCACAAUCCGCCUCUUCACAAUCUGCUUCAUCACAAUCUGCUUCAUCACAAUCUGCCUCAUCACAAUCUGCUUCAUCACAAUCUGCCUCAUCACAAUCUGCUUCUUCACAAUCUGCUUCUUCACAAUCUGGCUCAUCUAUCCCAACUGGUAAAUUCUGUAGAAAACAAUUUACAAAGAAAGAAGGUGAAAAAUGUUCAACCUAUAAUGCUCCAGUCGUUGGUGAAAAAGCAACUCUUACUCCAUACACUUCAACCUUAAAUAGAAUGGAUUGCGAUUUAGCUGAAAAUUUAGUUUGCGGUUCAAAUGGUACAUGUGUUAAACUUUCCACCGGUGCUGAUUGCUCAAAUGACACUAGUGUAUGUGACGAUUCAUAUGAAAAAUGUGUUUGCAAUACUCAAGGCUCUUCAUCUGCAUCAUCAACUUCAGGCUCUGCCUCCGGUUCUGCCUCAGGCUCUGCUUCUAGCUCUGCAUCAAGUGCAUCAGGUUCUGAAUCAUCAUCAAACUCAACUUCAAGUGCAUCUGGCUCUGAAUCAUCAUCAUCAAACUCAACAUCAAGCGCAUCAGGUUCUGAAUCAUCAUCAAACUCAACUUCAAGUGCAUCUGGUUCUGAAUCAUCAUCAAACUCAACUGAUUCAUCUGCUUCACAAAACCCAACCAAUAGUCCAAACUUUUUAAGAGCUGCUCUCGAUGAAAGCUCAUCAUCAUCAAACUCAUCAAGCGCUUCAGCAUCAAGUGCAUCAGGUUCUGAAUCAUCCUCAUCAAACUCUACCUCUAGUGCAUCAGGUUCUGAAUCAUCAUCAGCCUCAAGUACCUCUGAAGAUCUUGGUGCUACCUGUGUCCCAAUUGCUAACUAUAAUUCAGAAUGCAAAGACAGUUUAAUUAAAAUCACUCAAUGUGCUCUCGAUAACAAAUGUAAUCUUGGUGGCCAUUUAACCAAUGAAUCAUGUUUAGUCCAACAUUGUCUCGAAGAUAUUUGUGAAAGCUCAUGCUUUGCUACUCAAUUAUCAUGCACUAAGGACGACAUUUGCAGAUAUCACUAUGGUUCAUCAUCAUCACAAGCCUCAUCAAAUUCAACCUCAACUUCAACCUCCGAAAGUGAUGGUUCAUCUGCUGGUUUCACUGCUCCAUCAUUCUUAAUUAUUGUUGUUUUAUCAAUUAUUUCUUUAUUAUAUUAAUUUUAUUUUAAACAAAUAAUUUGAUCUCUUUUUUUCUAUAUAGUAAAUUUCCAUUUUUAAUUACACAAAUAAACAUAUAUAUAUUUAAAAUAUUAUAAAUAAAUAUAAAUUUCAAAUCAUUUUUGAAAAAAA